CUAAAACCUUAAAAGGGUUAAAGAGCACAUUCAUGUUUGCAUGUGUGUAUUCUCCUCCCCCUUGCAUAAAAUAACAGGCUGCUUUACCUGAAGACAGUCAUUAGCUCAAGCGGAAAGGGGCCACAAGAGAGAGCAAUUGCUUUUUCAAAGAUAUCAUGCUUAUCCAUUCUUUAACAUGUAAACGCAACAGUUCUAUAGUUACAGUAGUAUGGAUGAUCAGGAUGGCUUCAGGUUACCUCUGCCGGCUGCGGGGAUCAACACGAGCCGAACGGAAGGGACUGAGGGCGGGUUGUCCAAGCAGAGCCGGCUGCUGCUGGAGGCUCUUCUGGUGCUCAUGUGUUUGGGUGCUGUCCUAGGCAAUGUUCUGGUCAUCAUUAUUGUGGCGGCUACCAAGACCCUCCAUGCAGUGACGUCUAUCCUGAUCCUGAAUCUGGCCAUCAGUGACCUCCUGGUAGGCAUUGGAGUCAUGCCUUUUGUUGCUAUGUCCAUCAUAAACACGGGAUGGGUGCGUUGUCCUGUUCUCUGUCUAUAUGUUGGGUACUCCUCCACUGUGUACUGCACAGCUUCUGUGCUCACACUGACUGCUAUUGCUCUGGACCGCUACUACUCCAUCAUGGACUGCCUGCGCUACAGUUCCCGCUGCACCCUGUGGAGGACUUCUGCUGUGGUCCUGUGGAUCUGGCUCCAGGCUCUGGUCACCUGCAGCCCUCCUCUGCUGGGCUGGAGCUCUGUCAGCUAUGUGGUCCCCAUGUAUAACUGUGGAAUCACCUGGGCCAGUACUGUCAGCUACACGGCCUUCAUGGCCGCUCUGAUCUAUCUCAUGCCUGCAGUGGUGAUCCUCUUCUGCUAUGUGAACAUAAUCAGAGUGGCACGCAGCCAUGCACGUAGGAUUCAUUCCCUGCAGGACUCCGUCCAGCGCAGCAGGUCCCCCUCUUGUGUAGGGGAUUCAUCACACCAGAACUGCAGGAACCUCCAUAGGCCCUGGAGCAUUACAUGUCACAAGAACAACAAAUUUGAGCCUCAAAAUAGUAGACAGGAAGAGAAUAUCUGCCAGGUUGUUCAGGAAGCUCCAAAACAGCAGGGAAGCAAAGUGAGGGGUUUGUUUUCCAUCCUGGCUCAAAAAAACUCUCAGCCACCUGAGCCAAACCACCAGCAGCCGCAUCAUGGAGUGCUGCGCCUCGUCCUGAUCAUCUCCGCUUUCCUCUUCUGCUGGACACCCUACAUUUGCGUGGCUCUGGUUCAGGCCACAGAAGCGGCCAUUUCAGGCCAGUCCACCCUCAUGCCAGACUCUGCCAUUACCUUCUCCUACUGGCUGAUGUUGCUCAACUCUGACGUCAAUCCUUUGUUGUACGCACUGCUUAGCCAGCGCUUCCAGAUGGCUCUUCAGGGACUCUGGCACAGAAUUAGAGCUCAUCUGUGCAGCCUGUUUAGCACAGAAUGGGAGGUCAGAGGAGAUGGGGAUGACGUCAGAAUUACUGACCCAGGCACGUUGACCACAGCCAAUCCCAGUACACAUGCAAGCACAGAGAAUUUGAACUGUGACAACACAAAGUUCUCCUCCUCUGUUUUUACUGUUAGUACCGACUUCAAAAGCCACUCUGAGGUGUAUCCUUGUAGCAUGCGCCACCAUGAAAACACCCCCUCUGUGUUCCAGGAUGCUGUUCGUGAGAAGACACACAGUCUGCAGGUCCCUUCUCGUCCUCAAGAGGGCAGCAGACUUCCGUUUUCUGCUCUAACUAAGGAGCGGCAGGCCACUUUUUUCUAUGGCCAGAUCACAGUGACAGUGGAGCAUGAUGUCUGUUAGUUAUUUACUGCUGAUUCUCAUUGACUUGGAAUAUUAUUGAGAAGUUAAUUUCAGUUGUUCACUUUUAAA